UGCGCUUGGUCUUCAAGUGGUAUUUAUUAGUGUUAUUUUCUUAAAGUUAACAGUAAGAAAGAUAACCAUUGUUUAUUUUUUGAAGAACAAAAGCAAAAUUUAAAGCUUACGGCCGUGAAUAAGUGUAAUUCCGAUACCUAUCAGAAUUUAAUGCGCCAGUUUUGCAGUUUCCACUAAUUGAUUGCUCACUGUUUUUUGUCUAACCGUUGUACAAUGAUGCCUGCAAGUAAUAAUGAUGGAACGACAGGUGGAACAGGUGGCAGCAGCAAAAGUGACACGUCGUCACGGGCUGUCCCGAUUAAGAAUCCACUGCUGAGUAUGCAGGUCACCGGUUUGAGUUUGGACGAUUUCGCCCAUAAUGCCCUGUUGCUUCCAGCUGCACCGGUACCGACACCGGCAGUCCAUGCUGCGUCUCCACCGUUACUCGAAAUCAGUAAGGAAGCGGAAACAACAGAUAUCAAAAAACCUAUCAUCUUCAAUCCACAACCCGGAGCCGUACCUGAUUUGCAGGAUUCUGAUAGUUUCAGUGAAAUCGAUCUUCACUCAACUACAGAUUCUUUGAAUAACGUCCCGACUUCCUCUACUGAGUAUAACCCGUUACAAGAUCUCGAAGAAACAGACCCAAGAAACCAAGAAUCGAGUUCUUAUCUCCAGCAGACAUCGGCAAUUACAGCACAAUUUGCAGCACAGCUGCCCACUGUAGCUUCGACGGUAUUAUCUACAUUCAGUAGAGUUAUAAAGGGAUCUUCACCGGUACCACAACAAUCCACCAGUCAGCCAGUCGAGCCAACCUCAGUUCCACACUCAAGUUACGACUACACACAGUCACACUUUGGUAAUAAUUCAGAAUCCGUGACUGAUCAGCAACAGCCGUUACCGCCUCCUCCGACAUUUUUCAAUCCAGAAUCAGUUGGCACGACUGGACCUAGUCAUUUUGCUGCUACAGCACCAUCUGUAUCUAAUACUUACCGACUAGGUGGAAAUAAAAAGAAAACCUACGCCCACAUUCCCGGCUUAAGUUCCGCUGGACCACCUUCAACUAUUACAACUUCUUUACAAAAUCAAGACGUAAAUCAUUUGAUCCCUUCUCAAGAAACACAGCCUUGUUUACCAUCUGGACAGUCCAACCAAGACCAAGGAACUAAAACAGGAUUUUCUUUCUUUGAAAAAAUUCCGAAUUUACUUGAGAAAAUUCCAAAACCAGCAUUUGGAUCAGCGCCAGCAGCAGCAGUUUCUUCAAAUUCAACAAAUUACUUCGAUAUUAAGAGUUCCACACCUGAAGUACCAGCUUGUGAACCACCGCUGUUACCGCCACAAUCCGCAAACUUUGUAGCCCCGCUUGGGCUUGACAACACGAGCACACCUUUUCUAUCUACUUACCAGUUAAACCCAUCGGCGAUCCAGCCAGAUACCCUACCCCCACCCCCAACAUUCUUCACGCCGGCUGAAAUUCCAGCAGUUCCGAAUUUGCCACACAACCAACCAUCCAAGAACCCGUACAGUUCGAGCCGACUUACAAGAGGAGUUGGAUUGUAUAAGAAUCCUUUAAUUCCACCGGUUCCUUCAGCGCCUACCACAUUCUUGCCAAAUCCGGAAUCUACAAAGAUAGCAUCCCCAGCAGCCUACUUCCAGUCUCCGCUUCAGUCACCACAUGCUGUUCCUCAUGUUCCUGUUUCUACCGCUCAACCAUUAAGUAAUCCAAUAGAGCAAGGCCAAAGCUCACAACCUGUGCAGUUUUACAACCCUGGAUCAACACAUCAGUCUAAAUUUUCACAUCAACCUUCACCCACUCCUCCAAGAAGUAGCGAACCCAUAACAACAACAGAGGCAGCAAUCAGUAAUUCCCGGCCACAAUCGUCACUAAGUGAGUCGUUAAAUCGCAAAUCAAAUUUGUUUGCUCCCUUCGAAGGAGAUCCUCGAUCGGAAGCUAAAACAAUUCUGGAUAGUCGAUCAAAAUCAAGUGAAAACGUUUUAUCUCCUCCACCGAGACCCAACUCAAAUCUCAGUGAACCGGCUCUAUUUACUGACGGACAGCCGAUUAGUUUAUUUAAACCAGAAGUAGUUCAAACGAAGUCAUCUCCUGCACAGGCAGUCAGCUUUUUCAAUCCAGCUAGUACAGCUACAUUAGAAGCCGCUAAGCCACCAAACAAUCAUUGGAUUACCCCACCGAUUGCACAACAACAAUCGGUAACGACACCAUCAACCGUUAACUUUUUUGAACCAGUACAAAAUUUAGUUCAGCCUACCAGUACGCUUCCACCGCCGCCGUCUAUCGGAACCGUUGGAUCUAAACCAUAUAAUCUUCAGAAAACACGACGAAGUGCAUAUACGGUUCCACCUAGUUUAGCCACUGCUGUUCCUGAGACUGCACCAGUUCAAACCUCUCAGUUGUUCUUUGAGCCGCAAGUAUCAGCUGUUCCACCAGCGCAUCAGAACACACUUUUCAACCCGAUUGCUGUACAACCUGCACCACAACAACAACACCAACAACAACUUCCAGCUGCACCAGUAACGUAUUUUAAUCCAAUCACAUCUUCUCCGAUAACAACAGAUUUUAACGCAAACCCAAUCGAACAACCGACUCCACAAAAGAGCUCUGCUCUUUUCGAUAGUCACCCAAUCCAACAAGACAUCAAUUCCAAUCACCAAAUCUCCCGUGCUGAACAACCUCCACCAAUAAACACACACUUUUUCUCUACCGGAAGUGCUCUAGUAGACACACUAAACGCUAACUAUUCAACUUUACAACUUUCACAACACACAACGUCCCUGUCGAAUCCAUCAGACUUCUUCAAUAUCCCAACACCCAGUCAAUCCUCGGUUGCAGCAACGGGCCAAGCUCAAACGCAAUUCUUCAAUUUUUUCGGCCCACCACAGCCGCCAACGAAGGCAGCGUACGCACCGACGUCAACUGGUCCUAAUCCGCCCCUUGCGAGUGCUCUAUUUGCGCCAGAUCGAGAUCAGGUAGAUAUUGCAGCUGAUACGAGUGACCACGUAAUCGGAGAAAAGCCAUCGUACGCGGAAAACGACGAACAGCCCAUUCAGAUCAUUGAACCGGAGGACGAGGACGUCGAAGAGGAAGAAGACUCCUCCGACAGCGCAGCCAAUCGAGUUCGACGCAUCAACGAAAGCCAACUGGACGACCGGUACGACGACCCAGUGGAGCAGGAACGUAUCGGGAACGCACCAGAGCCGAUCUUCAGUAGCGAUAACCUAUUCGAGUUUAAGAAGUCCGCCUUCGAAGACGAUACCUACUCCAAGGACGUACUAAUUGACGCCAACAGCAGCAGCAUGGCAGCAAUGACAGCUACUGCGGCAGCCGCUGCCGGUAGCGCUUCAGCAGCACCUGUAGAUAGCUCGAUGGCAUCGAUAAGCGAAACCACCAACGUUGCCUAUCGGCCAGUAUACCGACAUUGGUUCUUCAAGCGAGAGAUGGAAUCCAAAGUUUUGUGGUUACCAUUUUCUAUGAGUGAUUCCCUGGCUUUGGAGGACGCUUUACCAACGGUGGAUACAGAAAGUGAUGGUAGUUCAGUAGUAAUUCACGUUGAUGGGGGAAGGCAUGAUGUACUGGUUAAAGAGCGAAAAAUGUCUCCCGUUUACUGGAAAGGGGGUUCUCAAGAAGUACGCAGAUGUUCCUGGUUCUACAAAAAUGUCGACUCCAGGUUCGUACCAUACGACGAAGAGGUAGCAGAUUUAUUAGAGCAAGAAUAUAAAGAAGCUGCAACAUCGGGGGAAUGGCAUCGGCGAAUAACCAUUCCAAGCGGUGAAACGGUAGUGUUCCAUGGGCCAUCAGUGAUCGUUCACUUCCUCCAAACGCAAAAUCCUGAUGCAUGGGGCAAUACCUCUCCGGUACCGCCUACAGCUAAUAGGCCUCGGGUAGUAAAACGCGGCGUUGACGAGUUCAAUAUUGAAGACGGAGAACCGGAAAAAGUUGAUCAUCUUUUGUUCAUGGUACAUGGAAUCGGCGAAGCAUGCGAUCUUCGUUUCCGACCGGUGGAAGAAGUAGUCGACGAAUUCCGUAGUAUUUCCGCGCAGUUGGUACAGAGUCAUUACCGAUCGUCUUUCGACCGGGGAGAUAUCGGACGUGUUGAAGUUUUACCAAUAUCUUGGCACAAUGAUUUGCACUCUGAGGAGUCCGGCGUGGACAAAAAAUUGAAGGCAAUUACGCUCGAAUCGAUUCCCAAAUUAAGAAAUUUCACCAAUGAUACUCUGCUUGACGUCCUGUUUUACACCAGUCCGAUGUUCUGCCAAAGCAUAAUCGACGCAGUCGGAAAGUCUCUUAAUCGUCUUUACACGUUAUUCCUGCAGAGAAAUCCAAACUUUAAAGGUGGGGUUUCAUUGGCUGGUCACUCACUUGGAUCAUUGAUCUUGUUCGAUUUAUUGUGCCACCAGAAGGGUCAACCGAUGGAGACGGAAAAUUCGGAAAAUCCGGACGGCGAUCGAGUACCGGCGUUGCACAGGGUUCAUCCCAGCCAUCGGCCAUUAUCGCGCAAAUGUUCCCAGCAAAUCAAUUAUGAAGUGGGACCGGCAGGAACCGGUCAACCCUACAUCGCCUAUCCGCAGCUAUUGUUUCAUCCGAAAAAAUUCUUCGCUCUUGGCUCACCGAUCGGUAUGUUCGUAACCGUUCGUGGUAUCGAUGCUCUUGGAUUGGACUUUAGAUUGCCCACUUGCGAAGGAUUUUUCAACAUUUUCCAUCCUUAUGAUCCCGUCGCAUAUCGGAUCGAAGCUUUGGUCAACACGGAACUUAGCAACCUUCGACCGGUUUUAAUUCCACACCACAAGGGACGUAAACGAAUGCAUCUAGAGCUGAAGGAAACCAUGCUGCGGGUUGGAACUGAUCUAAAACAGAAAGUAUUGGAUACUUUCAGGAAUACACUGGAUGCUGUAUAUUCGAUCGCAUCCAUAAACAGACCUGACCAUAAGGCAAUCGAACACGAGGUUGACAAAGUAAUCGAAGAUCAGCUCAAAUUCGAAACUUGUUCCUCUGCAACCACCGUUUCUUCCGGUGAUUUAGACAUCGGCGAUACUGAUUUACCACUUGGCCAGCUUAACCAAUCGCGGCGAAUCGAUUACGUUUUGCAGGAAGCACCACUUGAGUUCUUCAAUGAGUAUCUCUUUGCGCUGACCAGUCACGUAUGCUAUUGGGAAUCGGAAGACACCAUGCUGUUUUUGAUGAAGGAAAUCUAUUCCAGUAUGGGAGUUCAAAGUGACAACCAGAUACCACAGCAGUCGAUGACUAUCGAGCGGCCGAUAGCCAGCCCUACACCAACGAACUCAUCGCACUCUAACUAUAACCUAUUUCCUCUUGCUCAGCCGCCAGCACGUGUAAGUAACCGAUAGACUUAUGCCGUACGAUUAGAUCGCAUAAAAAUAAAUUGGCAUUAGAUUCUAGAAAUUAAUCUACUUCUAGUUUUCUAAUAUAUCUAGAGCUUUUCAUAUUUUUUUUUUAUGAGUACCGUUUUGGACAGAAGUAUGUAAUUAUUAACACAGUAGAGCAAACGUUUUCAAACAUGUGAUGAGGAAUUAACGUCCACAGUUUAUUUUAAUUUACUUGUUCCAAUAAAUAUAUUGUUUCAUAAACUUUAAGUUUGUAUAUUCUAGUUAAAGCAGCAAAAAUCAAAAAAGCUUGCAUUGAAUUGUUGUAGGACUAUUUUUUUUUCUUUUUAAAAUAAUGCGACCUGUUGUAAGAUUUAUCUAGA